AUGAAGAUGAUGAUGGUGAUGAUGAUGGCUAUGAUGAUGGGAGUUGUGGCGGGAGAUUAUGUAGAUACGAUAUGCAAGAAGACGCCUGACUACACUCUCUGUCUCUCUCUCCUCCGCUCCGAUCCACGUAGCUCCACCGCUGACACCGCCGGCCUCGGUCUCAUCCUUGUCGACAAAAUCAAGGCGCUUGGAACAGAAACUCUCGGGCAGAUCAACCAAGCAUACCAAACGAAACCGAUGCUGAAACGGGCAUUGAAUGAAUGUACCCGGAGAUAUAAAACGAUCGUAGACGUUGACAUCAACACAAUGAUUGAUGCUAUCAAAGGAAACCCAAAGUUCGCCGAAGAUGCCGUUGUCGAUGCCGGCGUGGAAGCCUCCAUUUGCGAAGAAGCGUUUCCAAAAGGCCAAUCUCCUUUCACCAGGUUGACCACGAGAAUGAAUAAUAUCUGUGAUGUGACCAGAGCCGUUGUCCGAAACUUGCUCUAA